GAUUUUCCAUAUUUGGUAUCAGUAAAAAAUGGAACCUGAACAAUAUAAAGGUGGAUACAAUGGAUGGGAAGAGUCGAAAAAGUACCAUUGAUAAUCUCGUCAACCGUUUAUUAUCCGCCUACUUUUAGACCUGAAUGUGUGGUUUCUCUGCUUACUUUCACUUUGACGCCAACUACCGAGAUGGCAAGUUCCCCAAAUUUGAUCUCGACGGAUCAUUGAAAAACCUGCACCAUCGCGGACCGGAUUCCCAAGGACAGUAUAUCUCUCCCUGUGGUCGCUGUGGUUUGGGACAUGCACGUCUUUCUAUCAUCGAUUUGGAAGGUGGCCACCAGCCUCUGAGCAGCAAGCAAGGCGAUCUUCAUAUGGUGGUGAAUGGUGAACUUUACGAUUUUGAACGCAUUAUGGACGAACUGAAGUCUCGAGGUCAUGAAUUCAAAACCCGCAGUGAUAGCGAAAUUGCGCUGCAUUUAUACGAGGAAGAAGGCAUAUCCUUUUUGGAGUACCUUCGCGGUGAAUUUGCGAUCUGUCUGUGGGAUUCCAAGCGAAGCCAGCUUAUUGUAGCCAGAGAUCGAUUUGGUAUCAAGCCCGUGUAUUACACUGUUCGCAACGGUACUCUUUUGGUGGCAAGUGAAGUCAAGGCUUUUUUGCCUAUGGGUUGGGAACCGGAAUGGGAUGUCGACAGUAUCUUGCACGACGGUGCCACUUUUGAUUACAGAACUUGCUUCAAGGAUGUAUACAAGCUUCCACCCGCCCAUUAUCUUCGUGCUACAGCCUCAGGUUCGUUGGAAGUACGUCAAUACUGGGAUGCCGAUUACCCAGAUAAAACACUCAAGGAAACCCGCUCUGUUGAUGAAAUGGUGCAAGGAGUGCGCGAGCGAUUGGUGGACGCUGUUAGACAGCGGUUGCGAGCUGAUGUGCCUCUUGGUGUGUACUUGAGCGGUGGUAUCGACAGUGCAUGUGUUGCUGGUAUUGCUACCCACCUUUUGCGGGAGAAAGAUCCAAAUGCACGCAUUGAUGCAUUCUCUAUUUCAUUUGUAAGUGGUGAUGACCAUUACGAUGAAGGUGAUAUCGCCGAACGUACCGCCGAAUUCUGCAAUGCAAAGUUCCAUAAACUUGCCGUCACAGAAGAAGAUCUUUUAAGCUCAUUCGAAGAAUCCAUUUGGCACGUUGAACAACCGCAAUUCAACCUUAAUGGUGUGGGCAAGUUCCUCUUGUCCAAAUAUGUUCGUGAUCAAGGCUUCAAGGUCGUCAUGACGGGUGAAGGAUCAGAUGAGCACUUUGCGGGUUACUCUUUGUUUCACACCGACUAUCUCCGUGAAGCCGACCUUACUUCUCCAGAUGGAUUUGGAACCUUGCCAGACGAUAUCCGCCAUAAACUUUUUGAAGAAAUUAGCCAAACUAAAAAGGCCGAUGGCUCGACUAUCAUCCCUACAGCAACCGAUGCUUCUACAAAGAAUAACGUCGCCCGGCAAAUGGUUAACAAUGUCAGCUGCCAUGUCCUAAUGCAAGAUCUCCUUUCGAUACCUUCAGAAAUGUAUACGGAUGAAGUUCGCAGCAAGCACGGAGAAGUGAUUCCCGGUUUGGCUAUUGCCGAAGCGGUGAGUGGCGUCGCCCGCCACAAGGCAAAAACCAAGUGGCAUCCCCUUCACACUGCAUUGUACCUUGAAAGCAGAACAUUUUUGGGCAAUUUCCUAUGCAAUAUUCUCGGUGACCGUUGUGAAAUGGCCCAUUCCAUUGAAGCGAGAACCCCGUUCAUGGACCAUCCUCUGUGUGAAUAUGUGAAUAGUUUGCCUCCAUCGGUCAAAAUCCGUGCCUCCGAAGACGGCACUCUGAACGAAAAAUGGAUCCUCAAAGAAGCCGUACAACCCUUUAUUACUGACGAAAUCUACAAGCGUACCAAGCAUCCUUACGUAGCGCCACCUUCCAAGGGCAAAGACUUGCCUAUUAUCAACUUGAUGGACAGAUUAUUGACAGAAGAAAAUAUCAACCAGCUAGGAUGGGCCAACUGGAGCACGGUCAAGAACUACAAGGAUACCUUUAGAGAACUUGCUGAUUCCAAAGUGUUCAAAGACCUUUUGAUCAUGAUGUCUUACGUAGUAUUAUCUCAGCGGUUCAAUGUUAGGCGUUAUAACCAUGAAAGUCCAAUGUAAAAAUUGUAAAUUAUCGUUAGAAACCCGUCACAGUUCCUGAAAUGAAAC